AUGGCAGAAAGCAAACCCAAGCUACACUGUGCCUGGUUCUGCCCAUUUGCUCACAGAGCAUGGAUUUCCAUGCUGACAAAGGGCAUGGACUUCGAGUACAUAGAACAAGAUCCUUACAACAAAUCUCCAGAUUGGCUUGCCAUAAAUCCCCGUGGCCUGAUACCUGUUAUUGUACAUAAUGGCAAAUCCAUCUAUGAAAGCCAUGUCUGUAUUGAGUAUAUUGACGAAUCCUGGCCUAGUGAACCAAGAUUGUUGCCCAAAGAUCCUUAUCAAAGAGCAAAAGCUCGCAUGUGGGGUGACUUUGUGUCUAAGAAACUCAUUCCACCCUAUUACAAGUUCCUUGUGAAACAGUCCCCAGAGGAACAGAGUGAAGGCAGGGAACAAUUCUUGGCCAAUCUUCUAGAGUUCACUAAAGCAAUGGAUCCAGAAGGUCCAUUUUUCCUUGGCAAGGAAUUGGGUUAUGUAGAUAUUAUGUUUGCACCUUGGUCAUACAGGAUUUAUAUUUUAAAGCAUUACCGUAACUUUGAAAUCCCGCGGACAGAUGAAUACAGAAGAUAUCAUGUAUGGGCAGAAGCUGUGAAGAAUCAUCCUUGUGUUAAACCAGUGCAGCAGGAAGAAAGUAGGGUUCUGGCAGAUGCUAAGCCUUAUGCUGAAGGAAAUGCAAAGUCUGAGCUUGCAGAUGCAGUCCGUAAGGGAAAGACUAUCCCUUAA